UUUAAGAAAGGGCAAGGCAAAAGCGGAACGUUGGAUUCCAUUUGUGUCAAAGUAUUUGUAUUCAUUGCUAAUUAAACUUGCUGUAAUUUAAGUAUUUUGUAAAUUGGCUACUCAUAAAUAUUAUUGGCCUUCUACAUAGUGCUCUUGCAAGCUGGAAUUCGUGAACGAGCAAAACGAAGCCACUCCUCUGGUACUGUAAACAUAUGUCACAUGACUGCAGGCGGACGCGGACUCAAAGUAAUCUUAGUACAAGAUGGCAGCGCUGUCGGGAGGAGGCGAUUCAGCCGCGUCGAGCUAGCCAGUCAACGAGCAACAUAACAUAACACCCAUCCAUCCCAUCUCUGAAACAUGCCCGUACACAUGACUGGUUUCAUCUACGAGCGGGUUCUUCGCCAUGCUGACAGCAGUACUCAGUUGUCAGUGACACGGACCCAGUUGGGCGGGAGUGAGCUGUGUGACCCCAACCACAAGAAACUGGCCCUUUGCCUGCAGCAGAUUGGAGAUGAGCUGGAUGGCAAUACACAACUCCAAAGUAUGUUAAAUGAUACUGCACUCCAGCCCAGCCAUGAUGUUUUUAUGAGAGUGGCCCGUGAGAUCUUCUCUGAUGGAAAGUUCAACUGGGGCAGGGUGGUGGCACUUUUCUACUUUGCUUGUCGGCUGGUCAUCAAGGCUCUGUUGACCAAGGUCCCCGACAUCAUCAGAACCAUUAUCAGCUGGGCUACAGACUACCUGCGAGAUCAUGUGAUCAACUGGAUUAGGGAUCAGGGUGGCUGGGAGGGAAUCCGUUCCUACUUUGGCACUCCCACCUGGCAGACCGUGGGGGUGUUCCUCGCUGGAGUUCUUACUACUGUGCUGGUCAUCCGCAAGAUGUGAGGGGGAGGAGAGCCUAAGAGAAGAAAGGACAAAGGGGGGGACAUAAGACUGGGGGAAACUGGGUAGUAGAGGUAGACAUGUGGGGGUAAAUGGGAACUGUUUCGGGGUGAGGAAAAAUAGUUGGGGAUGGAAAAGCAGCAACGUUUGGACCACUCUUUCCCACCCUCCAUCCAUCAAUGGCAAAGGAUUGAGUCAGAUUCAAGGUUUUUCUUGCCUCUGUUCCCUACGCUGAAAUAUGUGAGCAGCUCUUGACCGCACACACAGGAGAGAAGGAUGGAAAGAGAUGUGUAGAGACUCGGCCAGGGCACAUCUUUUAAUUAAUUUAUUUUUUUAUUUCUUGCAAACAAACAAGUCGCUGCAUGACAUUUUGUUGCUUAAGUCUAAUGACCCCCCCCCCAGGUCAGCCAUGAGAAUCUGCUAUGCUUUCCUCCUGUGCUUUAUUUCUGUUGCACUUUUCUUCCAUUGAGUCUCCUUUUUCCCAUCUGAUCAUUCUUCCUCCCUCUCUUCAUGGUAUCUCUUUGCUGGAGUAUGCAUUUUGGGGUGUGUGUCUGUGAUUAUUUACGCGUGAUCAUAGGAUCAACAGAUGUUCCAAGUACGUGUGUGUGCGCACAUUUCUACUGCAGACACACAGCACUGUCCUUCUCUCACAGAUGUUUACCUCUCUCUCAGCAUAGUGUUCAAAGUACUGUAUUCUAUGGUGGGCUAUUUAAAAGCAGACCAUACCAUAAUCCUUUACAAUCAAAUGCUCUUUUUAUACACCUUGUUAAUGUGUUUAAAUAAGGAAACUUUCUUAUUUCUUUUAAGUUGUCAGUGCCUUGGUCCUUUUUUCUUCUUUUCUACAAUAAAUUGCUUUGAUAUUCA